AUGAUGGAUGCAGACGGGCCUACUAUUGUGGACACAUUCUAUGAAGAACUUUUCUCUGGCGGUCCUGAUGGAAGACCGGCUCUUGAACCUGAUAUGACGAAGUCUGCUCUAGCCCUUCACCUUGCAGUCAAGAAACUCCGUUCGCGGGGUGUUUCAUUCCAUCGUUGGGUUCCCUUUAUCCAUAUGGGCAAAUACUAA